AUGCGGAGACGCCGCGGGAGGGCUGCAGGGAAGAUUCCGCCCGCAUUCCCGGCUGCGCUGUCCCGGAGGGCGAGAGCUGCCUGGAGGGGACGCAGCCAGACCCGGGGCUUCCCCGAACUCCCGAGCGGGGCGCGGGAGCCCUCGCCCCGCGUACUUACUGCUCACGCCAGACUGGUCCACCGCAAUGAAGGAGGAGAGUGGGGGGCGGGGGGGGGCUGGGGAGGUUGCGGGGGAAGGGGGGCCCCGCCUGGCAGGAAAUUAAACAUCAAUCAAUCAAUCGCUGUGAGCCCGGCGACCCAACAGCGGCGGGGCUGCGGAGGAUGCAGAGGGACAGGCGAGGGGUGGGUGGGAGGCAGGGAGGAGGGAGGAGAAGGAAGAGGAGAGCCGGCGGUGGGAGAGCGGUGUGGCGAGCACCGCGCGCGCAGGGCGGCGGAGGACCGAUGGCAGCGAACCGGGUGCCGCGCGGGGCGCUGGCCGCGGCCGGUGGGUGGGUGCGCCCGGGUGCCGGCGGGCGCCGGGGCCCGGGGUCUGGUCCUCCUCCUCGUGGCGGGUCCAGGGCGCGGCUGCCUCGCCCAGCCCCUAGGCGCGCUCGUCCCGGCGCGGAGGCGGAGGCGACGAGGCAGGAGCUGGCUGCCUGUCUCCCGGCGGAGGCGCAGACCGACGCGCAGGAGGCGGCCGCGCUGCCUCGGCUCCCGGUGCUGCCAACUGCGCCGAGUACUUUCGACUUUGGAGAUAGGAGGGCUAUCGCCUCCCCCACCCACCGCCUCCGCCCACCACCCACCGCCUCCGCCCCUCCGAGCAACUUUUCCCGGUGCCUGCGAGCUCCCCCUCGGCGCGGAGCCGGCCGUCCGGGCCCGCCGCGCCGCCGCCCGCGCGGGGAAGGCCGCUUCUCGCUCAGAGCCGGCGCGGCCGCGGGUCCCGAACAAUAGCCCGGCUGUCCCAAAUGGCAGGAGCACCGGCCCUGCCCGCCGGGCUGCGGGUGGCACAGGAGCGGGAGCUGCGCGGGGGGCGCGGGGCGGGGGACAUCCCUGGACGACGUCCCUGGAGCCCUGGCGGCGCCGGCGACAUCUCGAGCAGCGGGGCCGGGGCCGCCUGGAGGCCGUGACGCGGUGGCGGCGAGGGCGGUGGGGCCGCCUGUCCUCCGGCUGCGGGGCUGGCACUCCUGGGACCCCAGGCGGCUCGAGCCCUGGGCUUGGAGCGUGGGGAGGGCUGGGCGGUGGGGACCCGGCUUCCCCUUCCCGGGGGAGGCCGCGCGGGGGCGUCCCCAGCGGGUCCCGCGGAGGCGUCACCGAACCACAAACUUUUGCCCACUCCCGCGGCAAAGCCGCCCGCAGCCCAGCGCCGGCCGCGGUGCCCAUUUAAGGUGGCGCGGGCGCUAGCCGAGCGGACCGGGCUCGGGCCGCGCUUUUGUCCCGGAGGUCCUCCUCGGGCGCGGGACCUCCUUAAACAGAAGCACGUGGACAGGCGCCGCGGGCCCCCGCGAGACGCUCGGGGCGCCGGCUGACAUUCGCGGUCCCGACCUGGGGCGGGAAAAUGUGGACGCGUCCCCGCCCGCCUUGAGGCCGAUGAAGUCCCCUCAGCAGGCGGCACCGCCUGUCCCUCCCGCACACCUCGGCUCUCCUUCCUAGUCCCCUGGACCCCGAGGACUCCCCACCCUCCCACCGCCUGAACCACCGGUCCCCCUUAAGAAGCGUUGACUGUACGGCGGCGCCAGAGGGCCAAACUAAAUUCGGCUCCGGGAAACGCGCUCGGGGGGCAAGUCUGGAAAUCCUGGUCCGGCGCAGGGACAGCGGGAAGCCGCGCCAGCCUAGUGUGCUCGGGCCAGGCUGCCGUCCACUCGCCGCACCCACCCGGUGGUCGGCGUGCGCGCGGCCACCCGCUCAAAGGCAGGGACCUGGGAGGCGGGGGAGCCUCUAGAAGAGAAGGGGUCCCAGAAGCAAAAUUUGCCCCCGGCCUAAGUCUCAGCGCCUAGAUCCCGGAGAACCCCGCACCCAGGCGCCGCCCACCAAGUUCCAAAGGAGCCCCGGGCGACCCGGGAGGCGGUCGGAGCCCAGCCGAGAAAGGAAGCCAGCAGGAUAGUCACCCUUCAGAGAGCCACCCUGGAGAUUUAGGCAGCGUUUUUUUCCCCCUGUUUUUUUAUUCCCCAAACCCCAUCCCCCAGGCUCCCCUAAACGAGCGGGUUAGAGAAAAUGCUCAAUUCGAAGUCUGUGAGAACAAAGUGGCUCAAGUGAAUCAACUCGUGGUGGUAGCUAAAAGGUUUUUGGCUGCAAAGAAACAAACUAAUCCUCCUCCGGAUCAAUGUCCAGGAACUUAGAAGAAUUGGUGAUAUUAGGACCUCAGUACUUCUGGAAAAAAAUGCAAAUGGUUUAGCCAGGAUCUUUCCUGUCUGAUUCGUCACUAUUAUUAUAUCUGAUGAUGCGAAUGGUUGGAGCGAUUCAAUCAUAAGUCAUUAAUGAGCUAUUUUAUAAACACCGCUGUCUGAAGAUCUUCAUUUACAUUUUGCGAAGGAUCUCUUCGCGAACCUCCCAGGCUUGUGUCAACAGCAUGAUUACGGGACUUCAGUUACACUCAUAAACAACACAGCCGUAUUGUUAUUCGGUUAAUAUUUUAUAAAGUGUAAAUAUUUUAUUAUGUUUUGAAGAGAACUAUUGAUUCUAAAUUAUUAAACCUCUGAGAAGGACGAUUUAAAUAAAGUAUACAAUUAAGUACAAUUAAAUGUA